CGUAACACGACACGAAUCAUUACGUAGCGUCAAUUUCCUUCUCACCUCCUUCAACAAUAAGUUAAGAUAUCGCUUAGCUUCCCUUCUCAUCUUCACCUGCAACACUUUGAUGGCGCUUUUAAUGUUUUCCCCCAAGUCCUGUGAUCCGACAACGGCGUACAGAGUGCUUGAGGAACAUGGGCUCCCUAUUGGCCUUUUGCCCAGCAACGUUGAAAGCUACAGUUUGGAUUCCAGCGAUGGGAGCUUCGUAGUGAAUUUGGACUCCUCUUGCAGCUUUCAGAUCGAUUCUUAUCACCUCAAAUAUAACAAGACAUUUACUGGUAAGAUUGGCCUGAAUUCGUUGAAUGAGUUGGAUGGUAUCAGUGUUAAGGUCUUGUUUUUCUAUCUCAGUAUUAAUAAGGUUUUGAGGGAAGGAGAUGCAUUGGUGUUCUAUGUGGGUUCUUUCUCUGCUUCUUUUCCUGUCAGCGAUUUCAGUGAAUGCCCACAAUAUGGCUGUGGCCUUGAUUGAAUGCCCACAAAGUGUUGAGGGCAGGGGAUGACUUGAAGUUUUAUGUGGGUUCUUUCUCUCAUUCUUUUCAUGUCUCUGAUUUCAUUGAUUGCCCACAAUGUGGAUUUGGGUUAGAUUGUGUUGGAGGAGCCUCACAUUCGCUCAUUCAGGGCUCAUGAACAGCUGAAAUUAUGUUUAUGGGUAAUAGUUCUUCAAGAACCAUUUAGGGUUAUGCAUUACCACUUUUCAAGUUGUGUAAAUAUCUACCUCUUUUAAAAUAUCUUCAUUAUUUCUGCUU